ACGACGAAAAAGUAAUUUUAUUUAGUGCCAAUCCUCUGAAUCUGAGAUUAAAUUUUUCGAUAAUUACUGGAAAAACACACAUGCCGAAUGCAUAUGAAACCAUACGAAUUUUGCGCUUGCACGAGCCUGCUCGUGUGGGCAGUGGAGCAUUCCUCAACUUUCUUCGGGAAUUCCGUUCAAAGAAUACCCAGCUUGAUCUGAAGACAUCCAUUCGUCGGGGUACAAACAUCUGGCAAACGAUGAAUAAUACCGAAAGAAGCAAGUAUGACUAUACAAUGCCAAGCAAAAGCCGAGAAGCCACUGCUCCCCAGGAUAAUGCCGACAUGUGCUGUAACAAGAAAAUGAAGAGAAAGUCCCCUUGUCCCAUGAAGAGGCCAUCUUGUCCCAAGAAACGUAAGCCACGUGGCUGCCCACGUAAGCCUGCUUGCCCCAUGAGAAAGAAGCGUGCAUGCGCCAAGAAACGUAAACCAGCUUGCCCCAAGAAGCGUAAACCAGCUUGUCGCAGGAAGCGCAAGGCCUGUCGCCCCAAGCGUAGAAACCCAUGCGCCAAAAAGCGUGUCAAGUGCAGCAAACCUGGUCCCGUUAUGAAUAAUGGGUAUCUGAAUUUCGUUCGAUCGUUCCGCAAGAAGCAUUGUGGUCUAAAGCCACAGGAAUUGAUCAAAAUGGCCGCGCGUGCCUGGUGCAGUUUAUCGGAAGAUAAGAAGAAUCGUUAUCGUCGCAUGGCCUGCAAGGUAACGAAGAGCUGUCGGCAUAAGCAUCGCCGUGUUUGCACUGGGAAGUAAGAUGUCCAAAGUUAUGCGGAGCUGUAUUGAUCCUCCAAAUCGUAGUCGUGUGUGUGUUCAUGUUUCCCCCCAAAAAAAAAGUAACUGCUGCUUACCAUGUAAUGUAAUAAUUUAAACUUGUAACGAAUGUAAUAGUGUGUAAAUUUUAAGUAAUUACAAGUACAAAUGUAAAAAU